AUGAGCUCGAGUAAACCGAAAAACAAAAGCGAGAAUAAAACGGAGAAGCAAUUGGCUGCGGAGAAAGAACAGUUUGGAAAACUACAGCUCCACAGCAUCAGUAAAAGCAUCACCUCCAGUGAGACACCGCUGAAGGAGAAAUAUGCACGCAGUAUCAUCAUGGGGACCCAUAAGGAGGGCGGAGCCACGACGUUCUGGUCGUUCAUCAUCAACCUGCCGCUCUCCUCCAACGCCAUCAUCAGCUGGAAGUUCUGCUACAUGCUGCACAAAGUCCUCCGGGACGGACACCAUAACGCUGUGAGAGACUCUCAUAGAUACAGCAGAAACGUCAAAGACAUGGGCGUACUCUGGGGGAACUUACAUGAUAGGUACGGCCAUAUUGUGGCCCUUUCGGCCAAGUUCUUGUCCAUCAAAAUGGAGUUCCAUGUGAAGCACAAGGUUAUUCCAGGUAACCUGGAGGCCGCAGAUGAGACGGUGGAGAGAGAGGCAGGAACUGACGUCAACAAAAUAUUUGAUAUGACCCAUGAGCUGUUAGAUUACCUGGACGCUGCUCUGAAAAUGUCAGAGACAGUUUGGCGGCAGCUGGAUGCCAACGCGGGCAAGUCCACCACUCCGGCCGGGCAGUGUCGUCUGGGACCUCUAAUUCCUGUUAUACUGGACUGCAGCUGGCUCUACCACUUCUCUGUCAAACUGCUGUUCAAACUGCACAGCUGUGUUUCAGCUGACUCUCUUCUCGGACACCGGGAGAGAUUCCGUGAUCUGUUCAACAGCCUCACUAAGUUAUUUGAUCGAGCCAGAGAGACGGAGUUCUUCAAAAAAGUUAUUCAGAUCCCUGACCUGCCAGAUUCUCCUCCGAACUUCCUGCGUGCCUCUGCACUGGCGGAGUACGUGCGGCCGGUGGUGGUGAUGCCCAAUGAGGAGCCUUAUGAAGAAGUCGAGGCGGCGCCAGACUACAGCCAAGCGCCCCAGAUGCCACAGCAACCGUACAACAUGUUAAGUCAGCUGGGAGCUCCUGAUGCUGGAUUUGAUCAAAGAAGAUCUCCGUCUCCAGCUCUGACGGAGGCAGAGACUCUGAGGAAGGAGCUGGAGGUCAUCAAACCAGAGCUGCAGCUUUUCAAAACAGAGGCUCAGAGGUGUGUGACCCAGCUGAAGUCUCAGGUGAACAGGCUGGAAGCAGAGCUGGAGGACCAGAGGACCCAUAAGCAGAUGGCUUUGGUGGACAAUGAACACCUACGCAUGGAGGUAGGGGCCUUACGACAGGCCACCGUCGCCCUACCAGGGGUACAGGCUGGAUACCAGGAAGCUGAUGGUCGAGCCCAGGCAGCUGAGCUGCGUUUUUCUCAGCUCAAAGAGCGACACGCUGAACUGGUCACCAGCCACGCUGAUCUACUGAAGAAGAAUGCAGACACAGUCAGGUUCUUGUCCAGCACCCAGCAGAACCAGGAGGAAUUGGCAACGGCCAAACAGCAGCUGGCCAGUGAGGUGGACCUCCUUCGACAGGAGAAUAGACUCAAGCUGGCUAUAAACGCAGAGCAGAGAGUGGAGAUUGACAGGCUGAAGCGAGAGCUGGAGCAGAGUCGAGCGGAGGUGUCACGCGCUAACAAUGCCCUGCAGAACAAGGAGAUGACUGGUUCUCAGAUGAACAGUGUCCUGAUGGUUCUCCAGACCGAGAGAGAGGGGCUGCUGCGCUCUGUGAGGGAGAAAGAUGCUGAGCUGUCCUCUUUAAGGCAGCAGGCACAGCUCCAACGCAGCUCUCUGGAGCAGGACAACGACAGGACAUCCAGAGAGAUGGCCAGUCUGAGGCAACAGCUACAGCAACAGGCAUCUCGUGAGGGUGAGCUGACCAGGAAGCUGCAGGAGGAACAGUUCUGUCUGCUCCAGUGUGCCGUGGUGGAGGCUGAAGGCAUCAUACUGGACGCUGUGUCCAAACUGGACGACCCCAUACACGUACGCUGCAUCUGCUCUCCAGAUUACCUGGUGAACCGAGCUGAGAUCACCCUGGGUUCUUUGGACAAGAUGCAGCAGAGUCACGUGGUCUACCUGGGAAAUAUGGACGAUGCCAGUGGUCUUCUGAGGGCUGUGACACAGUUCUCCCAUCUGGCUUCUGACACCAUCGUCAACGGAGGAGCUACAGCACACAGUGCUCCUACUGACCAGGCCGACCGUCUGACUGACAGUUGUAGAGAAGCUUCCACCCACUGUCUGCAGUUCCUACAUGAGCUGAAGUCCAGAGCCACGUUACAGAGAGCCGACCCUACUACGAUACGCUAUGUAAUGCAACGUAUACUCACUAUGGGACAGGAUCUGCGUCUUCAAGGGCAGGAUGUUCUAAAAGAGGAGCUGGGGGAAAUGGUGGAUAAAGAGAUGACUGCUACCUCUACUGCAAUAGAGGAGGCUGUACUCCGCAUGGACGAGAUCCUGAACCAGGCCAGGAGAGACACGUCUGGGGUCAAACUGGAGGUCAACCAGAGCAUCCUUGGCUCCUGUUCAGACCUAAUGAAGGCCAUCCACAUGCUGGUGACAGCUGCCACUGACCUGCAGAAAGAUAUUGUGGAAAGCGGCAGAGGGGCAGCAUCAGUGAAGGAGUUCUAUGCUAAGAACUCCUGUUGGACUGAAGGCCUCAUCUCUGCCUCCAAGUCAGUGGGCUGGGGCGCCACUCAGAUGCUAGACUCGGCUGACAAGGUGGUAACUAGCGGGGGUAAAUACGAGGAGCUCAUCGUCUGUUCUCAUGAGAUCGCUGCUAGUACCGCCCAGCUGGUCGCUGCCUCCAAGGUGAAGGCGGACCGCAACAGCAAGAAGCUGUCGACGCUGCAGCAGGCCUCGAGACACGUCAACGACAUGGCUGCCAUAGUGGUGACCUCCACCAAUCACGGACAGAGGCAGAUCACUGAGAGAGAACCCAUGGACUUCUCAGGCAUCUCCCUGAUCAAAGUGAAGACUCAAGAGAUUGAGUCUCAGGUGAAGUUGUUGGAGCUGGAGAAUCAGCUGGAACAGGAGAGAGUUCGUCUGGGAGAGCUGAGGAAGAAACACUACCAGCUGUCUGGGACUGGUACACCCCACGGGGGGGAGGUGGAGGGGGGAGACAGGGACGACGGGGGAGACAGCUUCCCACCCCCUCCCCCUCCAACCCUCUUACCACCCUCCACCCUGCUGCCCCAGCCCUACCUAAACACACAGCCCUUCUCACAGACACAACCCGACUCACAACUAUCAGCUCAGUCCUACUCACCACCCAAGUCCUACUCACACACUCAACCCUAUUCACAAACAAAGCCUUACUCUGAACCUGAAUCCUACUCACAGCCUCCUCUGUCCCAGCCUCUGUCCCAGCCUCUGUCCCAGCCUCUGUCCCAGCCUCUGUCCCAGCCUCUGUCCCAGCCUCUGUCCCAGCCUCUGUCCCAGCCUCUGUCCCAGCCUCUCUCCCAGCCUCUGUCCCAGCCCGAGUCCCUUCCCCUUCCAAAUAACUCAGUAGAAUUCGCCAAGCCAACCCACACUUCAAAGAAACCUUCCAUCUUCCAGAAAACAGGAACCCUGUUUAGUAAGUUCCGAAGAGUAUCCAUUCUCAGGGUUAGUAGCACACUGCCCGUCCUGUUGAUGACCUCUGUGGCCACUCCUAACGUCCAGUCAGUCUUCCCCCUCACCGUCACCUCCCUGAGGAGAAUCCCUGCUUUUCCAGAAACACUGAUGGACAGGUCAGAUCUUCCUGAGUAG